AAUAUCGUAGAAAGUAGCAAAUAGGCAGAAUUGGCAUCUUUAUAUUCCAUGCCGCGGGGGCUUAUAUAUUUGGCUUGCGGCGUGGUGUGUUUGCAGCACUCCAUUUCCCUACGGGUGUGACACCGGUAAAAAGCGCGAAUCGAUUCACCCAUCUCAUGUAGCCUCUCUUAUUCGUUCGGACGGAAAUGCAAUGACUCUGUCUUGAACGAAGCAUACCCGAGAGCGCCCGGGGGUGCUCGCUGCACAUGCUUCCCUUUAAAACCCCGGCCAUCGUAUCACUGAAAAGUAGUUCUUGGUUGCUAGUGACACGGUCGACUUUUUACAAGGCUAGUAUGCUAGGACAACUAAAUUCGUAAGGAAAGACGACGAGGACGAUGCAUUCAUCUCCCAUAUUUUGGUGUAUGGUGCUGCUGCUCGCGACGCCCAGCCUGGCAGCCCUCAAAGUGGCAAGCAGUCUUAUAGUCCUCGAAUGGACGCCCGAGAUUAUCGCUAAGGAAGACUACUACAAUGGAACCGUUUCCAUUGUCAACGGCGGGAUCCCAAGCUUGUUCAGCGACCCCAGCGUUGACAUAGGCGCCAAUUCCGAAACCCAGCUUCUUCGCCAAUACGCCUCACACAAGAACCUUCGAACAAUCCUCACGACGGUGGAAGUCUACUAUCGGAUCGUUGCGAGCAAGAAGAAGGGCAUUGAGAAACUCGAAGACCUGAAGGGAAAGCGGAUCGGCGCGUUCGCUUCGACGUCGUCUGAGUAUUUUGUGCGGACACUUCUCGCGACAGUCGGCCUAGCCCCGUCCGACUACACUAUCGUACCGGGGGUUGCUUGUUUAAAGGAGCCGUGUGGCUCCGGCACGUUCCCAGCCAUGCUGAAGCGCGGCGCCAUCGACGCCAUCGGCAUGUGGGAGCCAAGCGUGCAGCUAGGUGCCGAGGCCAUUGGCGCCGACGCCAUCAUGUUUGAGCAGACGAUCUACCGCGAGAUCUAUAACCUCGCGACUACCGCUGAGAAGCUAGCUGAUGCAGCAAAACGUAAGGAGAUAGUAGCAUUCGUUGCGGCGCUCGUAAAGGCCGAAGACGUGUUCCGCAUUGAUCCGGAGAAGGUGGUGGCGAGGGCCGCGGCGGCUGUCAAGACGAACGCUACAUUGUUCAGGGAGGUGUGGCCCGUCCAUAGAUGGACGGCGCGGAAUCCGCUCGACCUCGUCGACGUCCUUCUCGAAGAGGACAAGUAUGUCGCGCGUGCGGAUGGCCGGGCCGUCAUGUCGAGAGAGCUGCUUGAGAAUCUUGUUGAUAGGACUUUACUAGCGGAUGCUUUGCUGCUCGAAGAACAUUGAUACGCAUGUUGCACGAAAAGGGGCGAAUAGCGUACUGUGAUGUACAGUAUCAUAAGUAGCCGGCCAGUUCAGGUGUUGCACACUGAUCUGAGGGCCUAGCCCAUUUUGGCUGUAUCUACGGAUUGCUGUUAUUUCAAAAGACUCAUAUAUCUCUGGUAGUACAUGUUACACCUCAACCGAGAGAGA